CCCCUGCCCCCCGAGUUCGAGCGGCUCUGGCUGGGGGCACAGGGCAACCCCCACGACUUCGGCGCCUGGACCGAGCUGCUCGGCUUCGUUGAGCAGGAGAACCACCUCUUCGCUGCCCGCAAAGCCUUCGACGCCUUCUUCGCCCACUACCCCUACUGCUACGGCUACUGGAAGAAGUACGCGGACAUGGAGCGGCGCUUCGACUGCGCCCGCCAGGCCGAGGAGGUUUUCGAGCGGGGGCUGCAAUCCAUCCCCCUCAGCAUGGACCUGUGGAUCCACUACAUCUCCUACCUCCAAUCCACGCUGGACAUGAAUUUACCCGAAUCCACCCAAAAAAUCCGAGGCGUUUUCGAGGCGGCGGUGGCGGCUGCCGGGAUGGAUUUCCGCUCGGAUAAACUGUGGGAGCUCUACGUGGAGUGGGAACGGGAGCACGGGGACCUCCGCGCCGUCACCGGCAUCUACGACCGCGUCCUCUCCAUGCCCACGCAGCUCUACAACCACCACUCAUCCCUGGUGCCCAGAAAUGUCUCCAUGGUGCCCAGAAAUGCCCCCCAGCACCCAAAAACGCCCUCAUGGUUCAAGGAGCACGUCCUGCACAACCACCCCAAGGAUAUUUUAUCCCCGGAGGAGCUGCUUUGGGUUCAAUCCAAAUUGGCCACCGACCCCGUCCCAAAACCCCCGGAGCCCGAGGGGACGGAGGCGCCGCCGGGCGAGGAUCUUCCCCCAGGAGUGGAGGGAAAAGCAUCGGCGAAAGAUCCUGAGGAGGAUUUAGACCAGGAAAAGAUCCGGGAGUUGGUGAUCUCCAUGCGCCAGCAAAUCUACGCGCAGAACGAGGCCGAAGUCAGCAAGCGGUGGAAUUUUGAGGACGGAAUUAAGCGGCCGUAUUUCCAUGUGAAGCCGCUGGAGAGGGCCCAGCUGAGGAAUUGGCGGGAAUACCUGGACUUCGAAAUGGCCGCCGGCUCCCACGAGCGAACCAUCGUCCUCUUCGAGCGCUGCGUCAUCGCCUGCGCCCUCUACGAGGAGUUUUGGAUCAAG